GUUUACCUCUUGGGAUUCGCCUUCAUGCUCAUCUUCACAGCCUUUACCACCUGCGGGAACAUAGAGCAAACAGUAAUAAGGAGUUUGACCAACAGCAGUUUCUCCGGCAGUGGUUACAACAGGUACCAGAAAUCCUGACUCUUUACUGACUGCUGAAACAGUCUGCAGCAUUAUAUGCAGACUGAUGUACCCCACACCCUAUCUCACAGCCUUUACACGAUGCUUCUGCCUUGCCAUUAUCUAUGGAGUGUUUUCAGCUUCUAAUCUCAUUGCACCAUCUGUGGUAGCAGUUGUUGGACCGAAGAUGUCAAUGGUUUUCAGUGGAGUUGUUUACAGCGGUUACGUGGUUUCAUUCAGUAAGCCAAUGCUUUGGUCAUUCUACAUUACCUCCAUCCUCAUUGGAUUUGCUGCAGCUGUGCUAUGGACUGCUCAGGGGAACUUCCUUAUCUUGAACUCUGAUUGCACCAAUAUCAAUAGGAAUACGGGGACCUUUUGGGCUCUGUUACAAUCCAGCAUGUUGUUUGGAAACCUUUAUGUUUACCUACAAUGGAGAGACACAACAACAAUCUCAGAUCAUGAUAGGAGUACUUUGUUUAUCGUAUUGUUCGUGAUCUCUCUUGCUGGGACAGUCAUCCUACUUGCGCUGAAAAGCACCAAAAAUGUGGACCACUACUCUGAGAUCAAUGAUCCUCUACUUCUCGAUCCUAGACCGUUUAAAGAGAAGGUGAUGUCGACCCUGGACCAGAUUACAUCAGAGUUCAGGUCAAUGUUGAGGGUGUUCUGUACUAAGAACAUGGUGCUGCUGAGCAUACCAAUUGCCUACAGUGGCCUGGUGCUGACCUUUUACAGUGGGGUGUAUGGAACAUGCAUUGGAGCCACCAGACAGUUUGGGACAAUGGCCAAGGGUUUGAUUGGUCUCUCAGGGAUAUUCAUUGGCAUUGGAGAAAUUCUUGGAGGUGGGAUAUUUGGGCUGCUGUGUAUCAAUAAUCAGUUCCGACGUACCUCAACAAUCCUUCUCGGAGUCAUUGUGCAUUUUCUGGCUUUCUAUCUGAUCUUCCUUAUAAUCCCAGGUGAUGCUCCAGUAGGGGAUGCAACCAGUGCUCGCUAUGAACCCUACCUGUUCCCCAGUCCCUCUGCAGCGUUAGUAAGCAGCUUCCUCCUUGGCCUUGGUGACAGUUGCUUCAACACUCAACUCUACAGCAUUCUUGGCAUCCUGUAUGCACAGCAAAGUGGCCCAGCCUUUGCAAUCUUCAAAUUUGUACAGUCCAUUUCUGCUGCAGUGGCUUUUGGAUAUAGCAACUAUCUGGUGCUGCCGUCACAACUCCUUAUUCUGACUGCAUUCUGUUUUAUUGGUACACUUUCCUUUUUCAUUGUGGAAAAAAUUGAAGACAAUGCCUCAGGCUUGCAAGAUUUCUGAGCAUUUUUUUUCUUGGAUGUGGUGGAGAAUUUCCUCAAAUCUGAAUGAAUUCCAGGAUCUGCUGCUUUGGAAUCUGCAGGACUUGUGAAAAUCCAUUGCUCUGCUAGUGGAGGGAGUUCUGUUUUAAUCAGUGAAGGCCUUUGGUUGUGGAGACCAUGCAGUGUAGCAUUUUCAAUACUUCUUAAAACUCUCUUCGGUCCCCAGUGUUGGAGCUGUCAGAUUGAACCUACAACGGGGCUUCCCAAAGUGGAGGUAACAAUGGCCAUCAUGGAGUUGUGCUACUUCUCUGAUAGUUCCACAUGCUGUCAGUCCUCACUCAGGGGUUGUGACAAUUUUCAAGCCUUGAAAUUGGAUCAAGGCACAGGAGAAAAGUUUGGGAAGCAUUGACCUAGAAUGAGUGUUACAGGGGAAAUAAGCCAUCACUCACCCAACCUGAAAGUUUCUGCAAGCACUAAAAUAAAAAUUUCGAAUAUAUUAACAGUAUUGCUUUACACUGCAAAAUAAAUUUUCAUACCCCUGUGUCUUACUUAUGUCUUGCAAAGACUCAUCUCACGAAUUAUCUACUUUAUCUAUCAAUGCUGAGAAUUUAUAAGCAAUGGCUAAUUCUAUACAAAUCAAAGUAUAAGCAAAUAAGCAUGCUCAGGUUCAAAUCCCACCAGAUGCUGAAGUAUGGAAUAACAUGUCAGAACAGGUUAAUUCAAAAAGGUAUAAGCACAUUAUCUGGUAAUAGCUCACAAUCAGUCAAGUUUGUCACUGUCACUUGGUCUUCCAGGAAUGGACAGGAGCUCAAUGUGUGCUCAUAUCCUUCAGUUAGUGGUCACUCUUUGCAUAACUGCAGGUGUAAGGUACAAAUCCACAUCAUUAGAGAGGCUAGUCAAUCACUAUGUCUAUCUUGUCUCUAGAAAACGUCUGAAUACAAAUCUCGUACUUAAGAUUCUUGAUCUGGGCCAUUUCUAAGUUUUAAACUUCUCAUCUCUGUUUUCAA